AUGGAGCCGUCAAAGGAGGACUUUUACCAUCCUUACUCACCUUAUGACAUUCAGCUUCAAUUCAUGCGCUCUUUAUACACAUGUCUUGAAGAAGGUAAGGGAAAAUCGUUGAGCCUAAUAUGUGGCUCUCUGACUUGGCUCCGUGAUCACAAGCGCAAGUCUUUCACUGAAACGGUGCAAGACGCUGCUGUGGACGACGAUGAGCCUGAAUGGAUGCUGGAGUUCGCAAGACGCGAAGCCAGUCGCGCAAUCACUGAAAAGAGAAAAGAUUUUGAAUCGCGGCUCGCAAGGAUAAAGCGGGAAGAAGAGCAGCAGAGAGCGGCUUUGGAGAUGGGGCCUAGGAAGCGGCAGAAAGUAGCUACAACUACUACAGGUGAGGAUAGUGAAGACGAUAACCAGUUCGCGCUCGAUGAUUAUGAGAGUGAAGGUGACGAACCCGGCGCGUCGCUGAAGCAAUCCGCUACUACCGGCGGGGUCUCUUCAAGCACCAUGGAGCUACUAGAGCGCUUGAGGGGGCAAGGGCCAAAAAGACCGGAAGAAGAGGACGAAGCAAAUGACAUCAAGAUCUUUUAUUGCUCAAGGACACACUCGCAACUAAUGCAAUUUGCGAAUGAGUUGAGGCGUGUUACAUUGCCUUCCAGCCUGCCGGAAGACUUGCAAGGUCUUUCUGGGGAAGAAGAGCUAGGAGAGCGAAUCAAGCACCUCUCCCUAGGGUCACGGAAGAAUCUAUGUAUCAAUCCCCGAGUAGCUGCUUUGGGGAAUCCAACAGCCAUCAAUGAACGCUGUUUGGAACUACAGCAACCUAGCACUGCUGCGCAGCAUCGAUGUUCUUUCCUGCCAUCGAAAGAGGAUGAAAUUAAAGUCUCAUCGUUCCGUGACCAUGCCUUAGCAACAGUAAAAGAUAUCGAGGACCUUGGCAAACUUGGCACGAAGAUGGGCCUAUGUCCUUAUUAUGCAUCGCGUCCGGUCAUCAAUCACAGCGAAAUUGUAACCCUUCCGUACCCUCUGCUCCUCCAAAAAUCGGCUCGGGAGGCCCUGAAUCUAUCCAUAAAAGACCAUGUUAUCAUUAUCGACGAAGCACAUAACCUUAUGGAUGCAAUAUCCGGUAUCCAUUCAGUCACCGUGACGCUUUCUCAGCUAAAGACCUCGAUUUUCCAACUGACAACGUACGCCCGGAAAUUCAAGACCCGCCUGAAAGGGAAAAACCGAAGCUAUAUUGCGCAGGUCAUUCGCCUGGUCAGCUCUAUAGCAGACCAUCUCCAAUCUAUUUUUGACAGCAAACAACCCACUGAGGGUUCAGUCCUCCCUGCAGACUUGAUGUCAGGAAAGGGUGUCGAUCAAAUCAACCUAUACAAGCUAUGUCGAUACUUGCAAGAGAGUAAACUAGCAAGGAAGGUUGAUGGUUAUGUGGAGUUUUCUCAGAAGACAGUGGACCAGCAGUCGAAGCCUAAAACUACAGUACCUGUCCUGUUUCAUAUCUCAAGUUUCCUGCUUCCGUUGAUGAAUGUCUCCGCCGAAGGACGGUUGUUCUAUACGAAAACCAGCGGAGAUAUUCAGCUAAACUAUAUGCUUCUCGACCCGACUAACCACUUUCGCGAGAUUGUCGAAGAUGCAAGGGCAGUCAUAUUAGCUGGAGGAACCAUGUCUCCGAUGUCGGACUAUAUGAACCAUUUGUUCUCCUACGUCCCAAGAGAUCGUCUUAAUACAUUCAGCUAUGGUCAUGUCAUUCCGUCGGAGAACCUUACUGCAAAUAUACUAGCUCGAGGAGUGUCUGGAGCUGAAUUCGAUUUCACGUAUGACGGUCGUGAUUCGGAAAAAACAAUAGUUGACCUUGGCCGAACCAUUACCAGCUUAUGCCGCACUAUCCCAGACGGAGUCGUCGCCUUCUUCCCCAGCUAUGAUUAUCUGAGCCGUGUGUUGAACAUAUGGAAACGACCGACUGCCGGUGGAAACAACCAAACACUAUAUGAUAUGAUCGAAAGCGUGAAGCCUAUUUUGUACGAGUCGCGGGAAAUGACAACAACAAUAGACGAACUCCUUCACCAGUACUCUAGCACCAUCGAAGCGGGCAAGGGAGCGCUGCUGCUGUCCGUCGUGGGCGGGAAGCUAUCGGAGGGUAUCAAUUUUUCGGACAAGCUGGGAAGAGGCGUGCUAAUUGUCGGCCUCCCGUUCCCCAACAUACGCAGUCCAGUCUGGCAGGCCAAAAUCCAGUAUAUUGAACAAAAGGCCGACCAGAAUGGGAGCUCGGCCUCCGAAGAGAGUCGGCGAUCGUCUGCCAAGGCUGCCGGGCGCGAUUUCUACGAGAAUGCUUGCAUGCGCGCAGUGAACCAGUGUAUUGGUCGGGCCAUCAGGCAUCGCAACGAUUACGCUGCUAUAGUCUUGAUUGACAAGCGGUAUGGGAGGCCGAACAUACAGGCAAAACUGCCUGCAUGGAUCAAGCAAAGUAUGGAAGGCAGUUGUACUCCUCUGCCGGCAGGAGCUGCACUCGAGCGGCUUUCCAGGUUUUUCACAAACAAAAAGUAG